GCUCGCGUAGCUGUGCGCUACACCGUCUCUCGUCUCCCGGUGGAAAAUGCAGUUGCCAGGUCACACGCGGCGGUUGCUGAUUGGUCCAUUUAUUUUCUAGUUACAACGGGCCUUUCGAGUUGGCAGAGAAAGUGGUUGCAUUGAAGCUGCAUCGGAAAGACGAAACCACCACGUUGAUGAACAGAUUCAAUAAUUAAACAAAGAGAGAUUCUCAGAGAAAGAGAGAGGAGAGAGAGAGAGAGAGGAGAAAUGGUAAAUCCUCUUGUGGAAAGAGCAACGAGUGAUCGGCUGAUCGGUCCUGACUGGGCAAAGAACGCCGAAAUCUGCGACAUUUUGAAUCACGAUAUCGGGCCAGCGAAAGAAGUUGUUAAAGGUAUUAAAAGGCGUAUUAGAAGUAAGAAUUCAAAGGUUCAGAUUCUUGCCCUCACACUUCUGGAGACGGUGAUGAAGAAUUGUGGGGACAUAAUUCAUAUGCAUGUCGCACAAAAAGAUAUUCCUCAUAAGAUGGCGAAGAUUGUCAAAAAGAAGCCUGAUUUACGUGUCAAGGACAAGAUAUUGAGUUUAAUAGAUACUUGGCAGGAAGCUUUUGGAGGACCAAGGGCAAGAUAUCCACAAUACUAUGCUGCAUAUGAGGAGUUGUUGCAUGCAGGAGCAGUAUUUCCUCAGAAGUCUGAAAGUUCUGCACCUGUAUUUAUGCCUCAACAAACACAUGCUCUGUCAUUGAAUUCUAAUGAUCCUUGCAACCCCGACUGCCAGCAAGAACCAUUAGAAUCAACCGAAGAAUCUGAAUUUCCAACCUUGAGCCUGACAGAAAUUCAGAAUGCACGGAGCAUAAUGGAUGUCCUAGCAGAAAUGCUAAAUGCUUUAGAUCCUGGGAAAAAGGAGGGGCUUAGACAGGAGGUAAUUAUAGAUUUGGUAAAGCAAUGUCGCACGUACAAGCUGAGAGUGGUCCACCUUAUUAACUCAACUUCGGAUGAAUUAUUGCUUUGUCAAGGAUUAGCACUGAAUGAUGAUUUGCAACGACUACUAGCCAAGCACGAAGCCAUUGCUUCUGGUACUUCCAAUCAGAUGGAGAAAUCUAAAUCUGAUCAGGCACUUAUUGAUGUUUCAGAUCCUGGAGAGAUGGCCGAGAAUAACAAUAAGCAACCUGAUGAAAGGCCCAGAUCAAACACAAAUGCAGUGAGUGAAGCUCCCCUCGAGCUCUUGCUUCCUGCUCCUUCAUCUGAUAGUCAAUUAACUUCUUCAACAAAGGUAAAUUCCCAUGUGGACCUUUUGAGCAGUGAAGAUUUCUUAUCUCCUGAAGCAGAAAAUUCCCUUGCUCUUGUUCCUGUGGGAGAGCCUCAACCAUGCAGUCCAUCACAGCAGAACCACCUUGCGCUCUCAGUCGAUGUGUUGUCCCAGAACGAUGUCAAUCAUGUCACAACUAAUUCUUUUGAUCAGCCAGACUAUGCCGCUGGGAAAACAUUUCCUGCAAUGCUACAAUCACAACAGAAUAUGUUGCAGGUCCCACAGCUCACAAGUUACCCAGAUGGAGCUGCCUCAAACAUGGGUUUACUUCAACAUCAGCAGCAGCAACAAACUAACUAUGGCACUCAUGACAAUGGAGCACUGCCACUACCACCAUGGGAAACUCAACCAAUGGACAAUACGCAGAUGGUAAUUCCACAUGGCCCGCAACAAAUGCAAGUCAAUGGUGCGCAUCCUCAUCAAGGGGGAAGUGACCAGGCUGCAGGUCUGUAUGCUCAGGGCAGCCAGAUAGUCAUGAUUCAUAACCAGCCCAUUCAGAGAAACCAGCUCCUUGGGAUGCAUCCUCACUUAUUACAAGGGAACCAGAUGAUUGGCAUGUUCCCACAUCCAAUGCAAGGGGACAGCAUGUAUCCUAUGCCAAUGUACAGUAGCCAGGUUCCGAGCUAUGGUCCUAACACACCUCUUGACAAUAGUAUGUACAGAUUAUCUGUGGGAGAUGCUGCUGCCGGUAAUUCUCCAUAUCCCCCAUCUACCUUAUCUUAUGUGCCAACUGGAAAGCCCUCAAAACCAGAGGACAAGCUAUUUGGAGACCUCGUGAACAUGGCAAAAUCAAAAAACAAAUAAAUAAUCCCCAGGUGCAGCUGGAAGUACAAAAUAUCAGUUACUGCAUUUGCUAAACUCAUUUCUUUUCAUUAUAUUUUCUUCCCUAUCUUCUGUCUGGGCUAGUUAUUUUAGCUAUACAUUUUUUUCACUUGUAGACUUUUUAUUAUUUGCUUGUUCAACAAUUGAAGUCAUGUACGUUUUCUGUAGAGAAGAAAGUAGAAGAAACAUUUAUUUUGCUCAGAGUGCCUUUCUAUAAAGCUCAACUGCCCUGUUAAUG